GAGGGCUUUCUCACCAUCCAACCAGAGCUCUUGACUUGUGACUAAUAAAAACCCAGGUAUUUAUGAUCAGCCUACUGAUGACUGUGUCCUCAACACGUGGUCACUGUAGAGGGAGUUUGACUAUUGAAGUCACCAUGCAAUGGUAGUGUAGUCACACACUGCUGUAGUGUAGUCCACACGCAGGCCUGCCAUACGCUUACAGUUACACAAGGGAAGGAUUUUACCCUGGAGUCUGCGAUUGUGUUUACCAUUCAGCUCAUUUUAUGAUAGGCUACAGAUGAAUGAUGUUUCAUCACAGGCUCUACUAUCAUUAGUGGAAACAUAUUUCUAUUGAUCUUCACUGACAAAAGCUCAAAGAAUUUUGGGAUUUUUCUUUGGAGGAAUUUUUCAACUCCCAUGUGGUUGUGAUGUGUUGGUUCAAACUUCAUUGCUGUGGUGGAGUGUGUCGUCAGAGGAUAACAAUUUCUAUCUGAAGUUUCUUUUUUUUCAGAAGGGAGUCAUUUGUGGAAUAUUUGAGAACAUUUCAGUGUAGUUGGUAUUCUUGAAUCAACAUACUGCCUGAAAUUAUCUUUGGAUAUUAUCUGGUUUUUAGUGUGAACUAAAAACAUUGCUCAAUCUUUGAGGAGUUAUUUUUACUUUAAUUUGAGAACACCAUCUUUGCCUUGGAGCAGGAGAAACUACCAGAAUGGGUCUGCGGAAAUUUGAGUUUGGAAUCAGAGUGGUUGUUUGGUUUGGAAGCCUCGUCAUGGUUGCGUGCACAGUAUCACCUAUAUGGACAGAAUGGGAAGAGUGGACAAACUGCUCAAGAAAAUGUGACUGGGGUGUGACCCUACAGAAGAGAAGAUGCCUCCAAGGAAAUUGCCAAGGACCAGAGAAGAGAUACAGGACUUGCAAAAUCACAGAGUGCCCGCCUGGUACACCAGACUUUCGUGCCCAGCAAUGCGCCCUCUCAAACGAUGAGAAACACACAGAUGGUCAAAUGUAUGACUGGAUCCCAGUAGAGGACCUCCCCCCGGACCAGAGAUGUACCCUAACCUGCCGAGCAAGGGGUGAAGACGUCACUAAGGUCUUAUCACCUAAGGUGCUGGAUGGAACCAUGUGUUCAUCAGACUCAAUUGAUAUGUGCAUCUUGGGAAAAUGUGAGCCUGUGGGGUGCGACCACCAGCUGAAUUCAACCGGUACCCUGGACAGGUGCAGCGUUUGUAAUGGAGACAACACCACCUGUAAGCUGAUGAAAGGGAACCGGCUAACCUUGCCCCCUACACCAGGUGCGUCUCUAGUCCAGGAGAUCUUGACCAUUCCAGAAGGCAGUCGCUCAAUCAGGCUCACCAGUAAAGGACCAAAUUUCUUAGGUUUUAGAGGAACAAUAACUUGGUCCAGUCUGCAAUGGAACCCUCCGCCUACUGAUUUUGGAGAAUACCAGUUAGGAGAUAGCCUUGUUAGAUACACAACGUUACAAAGUGGGAGGGAGAGAGUUUAUAUUGAUGGACCCCUGACGGAACCAGUCAAAGUCUUUGUGAUAUUCCCUGAGACAUCGACUGUCAAGGAGAAGGUACACUACCAGUAUGUUGUGCCUCUUGAGUUUGGAUGGAGGGGUGUAGGAUGGGGUGACUGCUCAGCUACAUGUGGACAAGGGGAACAAGAGAAGGUGUAUGUGUGUAUCAACUUAUCAACGAGUCAAGUCGAGCCAGAUAGUAGUUGCGAACAGAAUAAACCAGAGUAUGAGAGGAGAAAAUGCACCAUGGCAACGUGUCCCCCUCUAUGGCAAGCGGAUCCAUGGCAACCGUGUUCCAGAACAUGCAGUGGUGGUAUCCAGACGAGAAACAUCUACUGCGUAGAGAGGGCGCCAAACAACAUGAUGAUGCGCGUUGAUGAUGAUAUGUGUUAUGGGAGUAAACCACACCCCCAGCAGAGAUGCAAUCUAGAACCUUGCCCUCAUUGGCUGACGGGAAACUGGUCAGAGUGUUCAGUGACAUGUGGACAUGGCACCAAGCAGAGAGAGGUCAAUUGUUUAAAUAGUAGAAGGGAGCCCUCUGGAGGCUGUGAUCAUAGAGCAAGACCUACUCUGACAAAGACAUGCAUCGUUGGAGUUCCGUGUGUCAGAGAACAAGUGACAUCAGCACCCAUGAUGAGAAUCACGGAGCAGAUCGCUCAUCAACCGUUUCAAAGAUUCACAAAACCAAGUUACCAUGCCAGUGACUGGAGUCCAUGCACUGUGACCUGCGGUAGUGGAAAGAGAUUUCGUUCAGUUCGCUGUAAAGUCUACCUCCCAUCCAAUCAGAUGCUACAAGACUUAACUGAUCUAGAAUGUCUAGAUCUUCCCAAACCUGAUGAGAUAUCGGACUGCGAAGAAGAUGAAUGUGAUUCUUAUGAUCCGGAGGAGAAUACCGUACCGUCGGAUGGCUUCGCUGAGGGGGUUGAAGGAGGCCCUCUAGAGGUGCAGUUUGUUUGGCGUUACACAGGGUUCACUGAAUGUAGUGCUUCAUGCGUUGGAGGUGUAAAGGAAUCUUUAAUACAAUGUGUUCACAUUGCCGAUGAAGGACCAGUGAGUGAUACUCUAUGUGACAUUACAACCAGACCUGAUAUAUUCACACAGGUCUGUAAUGAACAACCAUGCCCUCCAGAAUGGAAGAUUCCAUUGUACAAGGAAUGCUCGGUAUCCUGCGGAGGUGGUGUCCAGUACCCUCUAGAAGUGUUAUGUAUGAGGACCAUGGAUAGGGGAUUAGGAAACACUGCGGUAUUACCAGACUCGGCUUGUGAGGGGAUCCCGAUACCCAACGACCCGUUACCAUGCAACCAGAUAAACUGUCCAGGCUUCUGGCACACAGGCUAUUGGUCUGAGUGUUCACAAACGUGUUUGGGAGGCAUCAGGUCACGCCCUUUGACCUGCAAGAUAAGGUCCAUGAAUGGAGAGAUAACAAUAGUUGAUUGGGUUCAUUGUCCAACAGAGGAACCUUCCAGUAUUGAGACUUGCAACAGCGGACCUUGCCAGGAAGUAUAUGAGUGGAAACCGCAGGAUUGGUCCGAGUGUUCAGUAACUUGUGGUGUUGGUAUCAAAGUCCGAACCAUUACAUGUCUGAGACAUCAACCUGAUGGCAGCUCCCCAUUGGUAGAUUUUAGACUGUGUCCUCAAUCAAGUCAACCAUCACAUACAGAGUUCUGCCAACAAAAGCCAUGUACAGACCCAGUCAUUCUAGCCAACCACACGACCUACAGCCAAGUAGGCUUCAAGUCAAAGCUCCGUCUCACCGUUGGGAUGUCAGUCAACAUCAACAAAGGAGUCAGCAUCACAGUCAAAUGUCCCGUCAGAUACUACAAGAAGUCCGAGCUGGAAUGGUAUCGAGGUACCAAGGAGAUCGCUGCUAGUGAUCCUCGAGCCAAGGUCUUGCCAGAUGGAACGUUGAGAGUCAGACAUGUCAAGGAACAAGAUGAAGGAGUUUAUACCUGUGUAGCUGGAAAAACAAGAGAGAGAUUUAUACUGCAUAUUAUAGCUAACGAGGAACGAAAAGGACCAUCUCUUUAUGGAGUCAGAUGGUUGAUUGGCAACUGGAGUACAUGCUCAGUAACCUGUGGAGGCGGGAUCCAGACCAGAUCAGUAGAUUGUCUGCGUACAUCUAUAGUAGGCCGGACUAGACCUAAUCCAGAUAGACAAUGCAGUGAUCAGGGUCUCGGGUUACCAGACCGUCAAACGGCUUGUAAUAUACAUAGCUGUCAACCACACUGGGUACCAGGACCAUGGCAAGAGUGUAACGAGCAAUGCUCUGAUGCGUUCGGUGGGACACAGGCCAGAGACAUUGCCUGCGAGGGCAGCAGACAGGAGACACUACCAGACAGUGAAUGUGAUGCGUCAACAAAACCAGAGAUACGUCAACCAUGUCCGAGUGGUCAAUGUACACCAAUAUGGACAGCUACCGACUGGAGUAUGUGUUCCGUAAGCUGUGGUAAUGAAGGCAUACAGACAAGGACCAUACAGUGUCAGUACUCUGGUACCAGAGACUUGGCGUUAUCCACAGCGUGUAUCAAUCUCAACCAACCUGCCGUUACUCGGAGGUGUAUCAACCAACCACAGUGUCCUCAAGGAGUAUGUGAAGACGAAUUGAACUUCUGCAGUCUCGUUAAGAGGAUGAAAAAGUGUCAACUUCAUGCGUAUCAAACGUCUUGCUGUAAAACGUGCUCAUAGGAGUAACUUGGUUCCAAUGCUUAAACCCUAGCUGCAACAUUGGAAGUUAACAAUCUACGCAAGCAUGUUAAGUUUGGCUGUCUGUGGUCCUAUUGCAUUGAGAAAAUCAGCAGGUAUGGGUGUGUGUUUGGCUUGAAAAUCAUCAGAAUCAGAAAUGGUUUGAAACUCCUUUUAUGGAAGAUGCAUAAGGUUUCACCCGUAAGGGUUAAUGUGUAGACAUACAAAUAAAUAAAAGUGCAUUAACGUUGCCGCAUAUAUUAUUAUUUUUUGAUAAAGGCUUCAAUUUAAGCACAGCAUAUAACUCAUGUUAGCAAAAUAUUGCCUUAGUAAUGUGUACUGUAACAAAAUGAAACUUUGCUAAGCAAUUAAGAUUGAUAAACAUCUGAAGAUCAAUCUCAGCUCUUUGAAAUACAGCCCUGGUUUCAAUAUUUGAGGAGUAGGUUAAACAGUCCGUGUUGAUUGAUAUUGUAGCAUCAAGUAAGGAUCAUGUUGUUCUUUUGGAUUGUAAUUGGAUUAAAAAAAAUUACAGAAUUCGGCCGAGACCUUAUCAAGUUAACUGUUCUUGCCUUAUUCUUGGUUUAUCUCAGCCAGCCAACCCUACCCUACCAACUCGUCUUGAUGUAGAUCCUAAAUGCAAUGGAACCAAUUUCAAGUUGAUAUUAACAUGGUGUCUUACGAUGAAUGUAAUAUCUGUACACAGUACUUAGACUUCAUUAUGUCAGUUUUGUUCAAGUGUAAGUUGUGCUUAUUAUAAAAGGA